AUGCUCAUUCUUGCCAUCGGAGACUUGCACAUUCCUGAGCGCGCAGUGGACAUACCGCACAAAUUCAAGAAACUCCUACAGCCCACGGGAAAGAUCCAGCAGGUUCUGUGUCUUGGAAAUGUGACAAACUCGCAAUCAACCUUGGAUUUCCUGAAGUCCUUAUCACUGGACUUCCAGAUUGUGAAGGGCGAUCUCGACCAGGAUUACAAUCUUCCGCUUUCGCUAGUUUUCAGUCACGAUAAGCUCAAGGUAGGCCUUUUGAAUGGGUUCCAAAUAGUUCCUAAAGCGGACCCAUUGAGUCUGUUAUCACAAGCCCGACUGAUGGACGUGGAUAUACUGAUAUACGGUUCAACCCACAAGGUUGAGGCUUACACGCUUGACGGACGUUUUUUCGUCAACCCUGGUAGUGCCACUGGCGCCUUUAGCACGAGUAAGAUGGACCAGGAGGACGUGGAUACGGUGGAAGCAUAUUUAGCAGAAGUGAACGGAAAGAGAGGGCAAGGAGAAGAGAAGAAAGAGACUAAUAGCGAAGAUAAAGACGGGAACGGUGACAAAAACGAGGAAGAGAAGCUGGAGAGUGGCAAGCCCGAAGAGCCUGUCGAGAUCGGAGAGUACAUGGACCCCGUUCCCAGUUUCUGUCUUCUGGACAUCCAAGGUUCUGUGUGUACGCUCUAUUUGUACACAUUGAUCGAGGGUGAGGUGAAGGUGGACAAGCUGACAUAUAGAAAAGAGGAGCAGGAAUAA